AUGAUAUCCAUUGAAGUAAUAUCUGGCAUAAACUUUAUUUUCUUGCUAAACUAGCCUUCAGUAAUCUAAUAGAUUUUAGAUAGUGUAAAUUUAUUAAAAUUAUAUUUAUUUUAUUUCUUUAUCUUUCUUAUUUAUUUAUAAUCAUCGAUUCUAUAUUUAAAAGACAAUAAUUAAAUCAAAUCAUAAAUUAAUUAAUUUGAAUUAAUUAUUUAUCUAUUUUAUUUUAAUAAAUAGUCUAUUUGUUUAGCUUAAUAUGGAGAUAGCUAUGUGAAGGGAUUUCCUUCAGUAAAAUGUGAUUAGUCUUAUUUACGCUAAAGUUAUUUUAUCUUGUAUCCUUUGUUUGCUGUUUGGUCUAUCAUUUUACCUUUAUUCCUUCUUUACAAAAUAUAUAAUAUUAGGUAUAGGCUAAAUCGUUUUAAAAACUUGAAGAAAUUUGGAAUAUUUUACUUUGAAUACAAAGAGAAAUUCUAUUACUGGGAAUUCGUUAAAAUUUACUUGAAACUCAGUUUAGUUAUUGUGAAUAAUUUAUUUUUAGACUCUUAAAAUCCAUUAAAGGCUUCAAUAAUUUGCUUGAUCCUUUUAUUAUACUCCAUUUCUACGAACAUUUUAAAACCCAAUGAUAACGAGACUUAAAAUCAGUUAGAGCAAUUAAUUUAUAUAUGCUGUUCUGUUAGUGUUGGAUUAUGUUGUUAUAUAUCGGAAGAAUAAACAGCUUUUUAGAAUUCAAGCAAAAUACCAGCUUUAUAAUUUCUACUAUGA